UUAGUCCAUCUUAUUCUCUCCCACGCAAACCUCCCGAGCAGUCUUCAUCAUGUCGAGCGGUUAUUCCAUGUCUCGAUCCAACUAUUCUGGAAGCCCUGGAAUGUCUGGUAGAUCCUCUGGUGGAGGCUAUUUUGGAGGCCAUGCGCCGCGGUCUUCUUAUGCUUCGAGCAUGCAUGGUGGUGCAGGUGGAUCGAGAAUCUCUGUUUCCUCUGCCAAUUUAGUUUCCUCGGGUUAUGGCGGCGGAGGUGGUUAUGGCAUGGGAGGGGGAGCGGGUGGAGGCUUCGGCGGAGGUGGUGACAGCCAUGUUGGGGUCAAUGGGAAGGCCACCAUGCAGAACCUGAACGACCGUCUGUCCAACUACCUGGAGAACGUGCGCAGCCUUGAAUCGGCCAACGGUGAGCUGGAGUUAAAAAUCCGACAGUUCUUGGAGAGUAAGAGCUCCUCCGGGUCACGUGACUACUCUGCCUACGAGGCCACCAUUGCUGACCUGCACGGAAAGAUCCAGGAUGCCACCCGUACCAAUGGAGGCAUCUAUCUGUCCAUUGACAACGCAAAACUGGCAGCAGACGACUUCAGAACCAAGUAUGAGAACGAGCUCGCCAUGCGUCAAUCGGUAGAGGCAGACAUCUCUGGUCUCAGGAGACUGUUGGAUGAGCUGACACUGGCCAGAUCAGACCUGGAGAUGCAGAUAGAAGGCCUCAAGGAGGAGCUGAUCUUCCUCAAAAAGAACCACGAGGAGGAAUUGGCAGCCAUGAGAAGCCAGAUGAGUGGACAGAUCAAUGUGGAGGUGGAGGCAAAACAACAGCCAGACCUGAGCGCCAUUAUGGAUGAAGUGCGUGGGCAAUAUGAGACUCUGACCGCCAAUAACCAAAAAGAGCUGGAUGUCUGGUUCCAAACACAGUCAGAGUCGCUGAACAAGGAGGUGGCCGUCAACACACAAAGCCUCAACACAUUCAAGUCAGAAAUCUCUGAGCUCCGUCGCACCCUGCAGGGUCUGGAGAUCGAGCUUCAGUCUCAACUCAGCAUGAAAGCGGCCCUGGAGGGCACCUUAGCUGAGACAGAGGCACGGUAUUCCAUGCAGCUCCAGGGCCAACAGAUGAUGGUGACGGGUCUGGAGGAACAGCUGACCCAGCUGCGAGGUGACAUGGAGCGACAGGGCCAAGAAUACAAAAUGCUGUUCCACAUCAAGACACGGCUGGAAAUGGAGAUUGCAGAAUACAGGAGGCUGCUGGACGGAGAGAGCAGUUCCACUUAAGUUGUCUCCUGACACCUGAUGACCACAAGCCACACUUCAAUUAUCACUCAAGUACUUCCUUCCACACAUGUGAAUGCAAUAAAAGGCUGUGGUUUGCUGAC